ACGCCGCCGGUCGCCGAGGCACCUUCGCGCGCGCCGACGCCGCCGUCGUACGCGCGCGCGGCGACGCCCCCAAUUCCAAACGGCAAGGAGGAGUGCGUCGUCUGCGGGCGAAGCACGGCGGCCGACGCGUGCAGUCCGUGGAACGUGCUGACUUGUGAUAUUCCAGGAUGUGGGAACGAGGUGCACACGUACUGCACGCUCGCGAACCCCAUCGAGGAGUUCACCUGCCCGCGAUGCGAGGAGAAGUCUCAGAAGAAAUCGUUGACGAAGCACCCGUCGCUCGACGCGCGGAUUGCUGAGAGGCGCGCGGCGGGCGGCGGGGAGGAAUUUAAGUACUAG